UUUCUCCUUUUUUAUCAUUCCAUCCUCCCUUCUCAUACUUUCAUUCGAAUUUUGUUGACGCCUCUUCUUUAAUCACCAGGCUAAUUCAAGCUGGCCACAAUGGAGAAUAGCACAGAAGUGACAGAGUUUAUCCUCUUGGGAUUAACAGAUGACCCCAAUCUUCAGAUACCCCUCCUCCUGGCAUUUUUAUUCAUCUACCUCAUCACCCUGCUUGGGAAUGGGGGAAUGAUGGUGAUCAUCCACUCAGACUCCCAUCUCUAUACUCCAAUGUACUUUUUCCUCAGUAACCUCUCCCUUGUAGACUUGGGUUACUCAUCAGCUGUAGCCCCCAAAACGGUGGCUGCAUUGCAGCCAGGGGACAAGGCCAUCUCCUACAAUGGAUGUGCAGCUCAGUUCUUCUUCUUUGUGGGGUUUGCCACUGUUGAGUGCUACCUCCUGGCCUCCAUGGCCUAUGAUCGCCAUGCAGCGGUAUGUAGGCCUCUUCAUUACACCACCACCAUGACAGCAGGUGUGUGUGCCCUCCUUGCUACUGGUUCCUAUGUCUCUGGCUUCCUCAAUGCCUCUAUCCACGCAGCAGGCACCUUCAGACUCUCCUUCUGUGGUUCUAAUGAGAUUAAUCAUUUCUUCUGUGACAUUCCCCCACUCCUGGCUCUCUCAUGCUCUGACACACGCAUCCGCAAGUUGGUGGUCUUCUUUGUGGCAGGCUUCAACGUCUUUUUCACCCUCCUGGUCAUCCUUAUUUCUUACUUCUUCAUAUGCAUCACCAUUCAGAGGAUGCAUUCUGCUGAAGGGCAGAAGAAAGUCUUCUCCACCUGUGCUUCCCAUCUCACUGCUUUGUCCAUCUUCUAUGGCACAAUCAUCUUCAUGUACUUAUAGCCCAACUCCAGCCAGUCCAUGGACACAGACAAAAUAGACUCUGUGUUUUACACAGUGGUGAUUCCCAUGCUGAAUCCCUUGAUAUACUACAGCCUUAGGAACAAAGAAGUGAAAAGUGUUCUCUGGAAAAUACUCAACAAACUUUACCCCCAGUAUUAAAUGUGAAUGGGAAGUAGGCAAGCAAUUAAGGGAUAAACUUUCUCUCACACCUAAAUGCCAUCAUGAUUUU